GUCUUAGUCGUGGGUAGCCCCCGGACUUUUCCCAGGGUUGUGUGACCUUGGACAGGUGCUGUUCCCUACCAGCGCCUCAGUUUUCUCCCCUACGGAGCGGAUGAUUGAAGAAUCUUUGACAUUGCCCGGGAAGGAGCGAUGUGCCGGUUUUUGGCCCAGGACGUUUGCGUUCACCGUGCCCUGCACCUGGCGGCUUCUCUCCCAGGUCUCCAUCUGGCUGGCGCUUUGUUGUCAUUUUGGGCAGUUAAGGAAGAAGGACAGGAUCCUGAUGAAAUUGGCAUUGCCUUGGAAGCCACAAGCAAGAAGACAAAGAGAUUCGUGAAAGAACAAAAGGCAGAAGAGGAAGGUACUGAAGACAAUGGCCUGGAAGAAGAUUCCAGAGACGGGCAGGAGGAUAUGGAAGCAAGUUUGGAGGGUUUGCAGAGUAUUGACAUGAUGGACGUUAAUGUGUUAGAAGAAACCGAAGUUGAGAACAGCACUGCUCCAGACUUCGGGGAGGAUGGCACUGACAGCAUCCUGGAAUCCCUUUGUGAGAGCAAAGACUACGUGGCCACGCAGCUGCGGGAGCUCCCGGCUCAGUUCACAGGACACGCUGUUGAUGGUGAAGGCUUCGAGAACACUUUGGAUGCUUCAUCAUUGGACUUCAAAGUACCUCCGGAUAUUGAAGAACCUCUGUUGGAGCCAGAAAAUGAGAAAAUACUCGACAUUUUGGGGGAAACUUGUAAAUCUGAGCCAGUAAAAGAAGAAGGUUCCGAGCUGGAGCAGCCAUUUGCACAGGAAACAAGUAGCGUGGGGCCAGACAGAAAACUUGCGGAGGAAGAGGACCUUUUUGACAGCGCCCAUCCGGAGGAGGGUGAUUUAGAUUUGGCCAACGAGUCAACAGCACACGCUCAGUCGAGCAAGGCAGACACCCUGUUAGCGGUAGUGAAAAGGGAGCCCGUGGAGCAGACAGGCGAUGACGAGAGGAUGGACUGUGAGCCUGUAGGGCUAGAGAAGCCAAUUGAGCAGAGUAGUAAAGCCUCAGAGCACACGGAAGCCUGUAGCGAGGAGGCCGCGGAAGCGCCCCCGGAAGCCUCAAGCCCGGACCCCGGGGAUAGCAAAGAAGACGUGAAGAAGUUUGCUUUUGAAGCUUGUAAUGAAGUCCCUCCGGCUCCUAAAGAGUCCUCAGCCAGUGAGGGCGCUGAUCAGAAAAUGAGCUCUUUUAAGGAAGAAAAAGAUAUAAAGCCAAUCGUUAAAGAUGAAAAAGGUCGAAUCAGCAAUAGCUCUGGAAGGAAUCUAUGGGUCAGUGGACUGUCUUCCACAACUCGGGCAACAGAUCUGAAGAACCUCUUCAGCAAAUAUGGAAAGGUUGUUGGAGCCAAAGUGGUGACCAAUGCCCGCAGUCCUGGGGCCCGGUGCUAUGGGUUUGUCACCAUGGCAACAUCUGACGAGGCCACAAAGUGUAUCAGCCAUCUCCACAGAACUGAGCUUCAUGGAAGGAUGAUCUCUGUUGAGAAGGCCAAAAACGAACCUUCUGGGAAAAAGCUGUCUGACAGAAAAGAGUGCGAAGUGAAGAAGGAAAAAUUGUCUAGUGUUGACAGACAUCAUUCAGUGGAGAUCAAAGUUGAAAAAACCAUCAUUAAGAAGGAAGAGAAGAUGGAGAAAAAGGAGGAAAAAGACCCUGAAGACAUUAAAAAGGAAGAGAAAGAUGAAAACGAGCUGAAAUCAGGACCUGAAAAUCGGUCCAGAGUCACGAAAUCAGGAAGCAGAGGAAUGGAACGAACUGUUGUGAUGGAUAAAUCCAAAGGGGAGCCUGUCAUCAGUGUGAAAACCACAAGCAGGUCAAAGGAGAGAAGCUCAAAGAGUCAGGAUCGCAAGUCAGAAAGCAAGGAGAAGAGAGACAUCCUGUCGUUUGAUAAAAUCAAAGAACAGAGGGAGCGAGAGCGCCAGAGGCAGCGGGAGCGGGAGAUCCGAGAGACAGAGAGGCGGCGAGAGCGUGAGCAGCGGGAGCGGGAACAGCGCCUGGAGGCCUUCCACGAGGGCAAGGAGAAGGCGCGGCUGGAGCGGGAACGCGAGCAGCUUGACCGCCAGUGGCAGCGCCUGGAGCGGGAGCGCCUGGAGCGUGAACGGCUGGAGCGGGAGCGGGAGCGCGUGGAGCGGGAGCGCCGGCGUGAGCAGGAACGUAUCCAGCGGGAGCGUGAGGAGCUGCGGCACCAGCAGGAGCAGCUACGCUAUGAGCAGGAGCGGCGGUCGGUGGUCAGGAGGCCCUACGACAUUGGGCGGCGAGAUGACACCGGUUGGCCAGAAGGAAAGCGCAUGGCCAUGGAGGACAGGUACCGCCCGGACUUCCCUCGGCCUGAUCACCGUUUCCACCACUUCGACCACCGUGACCGGGGCCGGUACCAGGAGCACGGAGCUGAUAGGAGGGAAGGUUCAAGGUCAGUGAUGGGAGAGCGAGAUGGGCAGCACUACUCAGACGAGCGCCACAGCCAUGGAGGACCACCAGAGCGCCACGCCCGCGACUCCCGAGACGCCUGGGGCGGCUACGGCUCCGACAAGAGGAUGAGCGAGGGCCGGGGGCCGCCACCUCCACCCAGGGGUGGCCGUGACUGGUCGGAGCACAACCAGAGGCUGGAGGAACAUCAGGAGCGCACCUGGCCGGGCACAGUGGACGCAGACACAGCAGGCCGGGAGCACUCGCGGUGGCAAGGUGGUGAGAGGGGCCUGUCUGGACCCUCGGGCCCCGGGCACAUGGCAGAUCGGGGCGGAAUAUCGGGGCGAGGCGGCUUUGCACACAGCGGGCACACCCAAGGUGAUGUGGUGCCUGCCGGAGGCCUCGACAGCGAUGGACUGGCUGGCCAGGACCGGGGCAACAGAGACCCCCACUUCACCCGCCACUACUAGACCCCACCCCUCCACGCGUCCUGGUAGGCGGACAGAUGUACUGUUGAACUCUUAGCAGAGUUAACCUUGAACUUGUGGAAUCUUUUAAGAAGCAAAAGCAAAUCCUGCCACCGUGUUGUAGCUCAAUCCAAUGUGAAUUCACUUUUUUUUUUAAAAAUAAAUGUGUUCUUGUUCUGCCAUUUUUAAGACAAGGUUUCUGUUA